AUGUACUCGUCGGCGUACGACCAGUCGACGUCGCGCUCGCCCAUUGCCCAACGGAACCAGCCCCACUCUGGCACCCUGCACCGCAUGCCCUCUCGCCAGUUCGACGCCUACCAGCAGGUCCAGCAGCAACAGCCCAACACCAUGUACGCGCAAGACGAUCACCAAAGGUACGACCAGCCGCGCAACUACGAGCGCCUCAACCAGACCAUGCACGCCGGCGCCUACGGCUACGACAUGGGCGCGCCCCAGGGCUGGAACACCAACGCCUUCUCCCAGAACCAGGGCCUGGGCUCGCUCGGGGGCGCCCAGCAGGCCCGCAUCAAGUCGCAACAGCGCGGCGGAGGGCGGAGCGCACUCCCAUCGGGAUGGAUGGACCAGCAGCCCCAAGGCCUGCCUAGCUUUGCCCUAGGCAACAACAACCUCGGCGCCAUGCAGAACACGAGCUACGGCCACGACGUCGACGAAGAGCUCAUCCCCACCGCCAUCGUCAUCAAGAACAUCCCCUUUGCCGUCAAGAAGGAGCAGCUCGUCUCCCUCAUGACGGAACUGCGCCUACCCCUGCCCUAUGCCUUCAACUACCACUUCGACAACGGCGUCUUCAGGGGUCUGGCCUUUGCCAACUUCACCACCGCCGAGGAGACGGCCGCCGUCAUCGAGUCGAUGAACCACUUUGAGCUCAACGGCCGGAAGCUGCGUGUCGAGUACAAGAAGAUGCUGCCAUUGGCUGAGCGGGAGCGUAUUGAGCGGGAGAAGCGUGAACGUCGUGGACAGCUCGAGGAGCAGCACCGGCCCCUCGGCGGCGGUCUGCAAUCACAGGCUUCGUUUGGCUCCCUUGCCUCGCACAUGCCCGCUACAUCGCCAUCGCCAGUUUCCGCCAUGCGAGCUGGAUCGGCAUCAAAGACUGUUGAUGUCGACCUCAAUGACCCCCAAGUGCUCCAAUUCUACACGCAGUUGCUUUUGUUCAAGGAGACCAAGGAGCGCGACAGCAUGACGUUCCCCCCGAAUCUGGCGCCUCUCCAACGCCGCACCGUCCACACUCUAGCCCACCAGCUAGGCCUCGCGCAUGUGUCCAAGGGCACCGGCGAACAGCGACAGGUGCACAUUUUCAAGGUUCACGACAACCAGGGCCUCAGCCCCCCGAUGCCGCAGAUGCCCAGCAACCACAUGGAGCAGCCUCGCCGCAACCUCAACCGCGCAGCAACCACCGACUUCAGCGAUGUGCGCGCCGAGGGUGGAUUCUACAACGCCUUCAACAGGCAGCCAUCAGGUCUUCUCGGAUUCCCCGACUCCCCCGGCGGCCUGAACGCAGUGCCCAACCUCCGCGGCGCCAAGUCCUACGCCGACCUCCGCUCCUACACGCCUUCGCCCGCGCCCUCGACCGCCAGCCACCCCAUCGGCCGCCCAGGCGGCAUCUCGCUCGAAGGACUCGGCUACAGUGGUAGUUCCACCAACCCCAACGGCACCCCCACGACGGGCUCCAUGUCGCAACGCGACGACAGCCUGCUCGAGCGCGAAAUGAACCGAAUGCAACUCAGCUCCGGCUACCCGCAAAACAGCAGCCCGCGUGCUCUGCGCCAAAUGACGUCUUGGGAUGCGCCUGGCCCCAUUGGCGGCCACCGCUCCUUCAGCACAAACUACGACGACCGUCCGUCGCGCCAACCCCGUGGACCCCUCCCUGAACGCGGCCAGGGCUUCGGCCGCCCCCGCCAAAACGGCCAUCAGAACCGCAACAGCGAUGAGCUGUCGAGUCAAUCCAACGUCGAAAUCCUCGUAGGCCAAUAG